UUAUUUAUUGUAGGAAGAAAGAAUUGUAGGGGCUACUUUUCUAUAGUUUCCACAACAAGCAAACGAACAGAAAGUGCCCCAACGUGAGAAGGAAAGGUCAACCAAUCAAUUGAUACCUCAGUUAGUUUCGAUUAGUUUUAAUCAACAAACGCUCGAGAUAGUGACAGACGGUACCGGCUUUGUGUGUUCAAAACUACAACCCGUCGUCAAUCGUCAAUGGCAGACCGAAAAUAGACGGAAGAACGUUUUUCCUUCGCAGACGAAACUCUGGCCUUCAUUCAGUGCAGCAAACACGGCGCUUCUGACACGUUUCGGUUUUCAGCAAAAUAAGCUGUGAAGAAUAAUAAUUUCGUGGAUUGUUGUAACAAAACAGUGUUAACUCUACUUGUUGCAGCGGCAGCAUGCCGGAAGGAUUAUUGGUAGCAGCAGCAAGAACGUGUGACGUGGGUACCGUUAUCUGCCGUGGAUUGAUUAGCCGACUGUAACAUUAGGUGAGCGAUGCGUCAGUAGCGAGAAAGCAGUUUCCGUGUUGAAAAGAAAGCGGUUCUAUCUACCCUCAUUCCGUCUGUGGUAUGACGUACGAUUGAUUGACUGCAAAAACUGCACUACGGGAAGAGCGCCCAUUUUGGUGAUACCUCUUAUCUGAUUCGUCGAUAGACAUCCCAAUGCCGGCGGAAGAUUAAAAUAAUACUCUACACUUAAAACAGAGAGGUGCUAGUAGAAAAGUGUGUAAAUCGGCAUGGCCAGGAGCCGGCCAUCUAACGCGGUAUCAGCAGCAGCUGCCGGUGGAGGUAGACCCGCAGGGGUUGGUAGCGGUGGUGUUAGCGGUUACGACCAAAUUCCCUCCAGUGCCGAGGUGGCUUCAGUCGAUCCACGAUACCCGCGAGAUGCAGGAGGUCCGACAAGCAGCUCGAGUGCCGCAGCCAAAGCCGCUGUAGACAGCGACGCUUUCGUUACAAGUCCAUCAUCGUCGGCGCUGACCGAAAGUUACUACCUGCUGCAGAAAUCGACCGCCAUGACGCACAAGGCCAGGGCUGGAGGCCUUCGGGAGACCUUCCGGAACCGGAGCGUUCUGGUGGAUCUGCUCGCGAUCCUGUUCGGCAUCAGUGCCUGGAUUGGGGUGAACUCGAGCUUCGUGCAGCUGCCGCUGCUUGUGAGCAGCGCCCCGGAGGGCUGGAAUCUGCCCUCCUACAUGGUGAUUAUGACCCAAAUUGGGAACAUCGGUGCUCUGCUGUACACGGCAGUGCAAAAGUGGAAAGUCGCUCGGGAUUCGUACAUCAUCUACGGGCUGCUAGUGAUAGGAAGCGUGGGCUCGAUUUGUAUGGCGUUUCUUUAUCAGAGUACAGCGUACCUGUUCGGUGCCGAGCGGUCUGUUGCUAUGCUGGCGUGUGUUUUUGCCCUCGCGCUGGUCGGUUGCACGAGUUCCGUACUUUUCAUGCCGUACAUGGGACGCUUUCGGGAUGUCUAUCUAAUUACCUACCUGAUCGGUGAAGGUCUUAGUGGAUUCGUGCCGAGCAUCGUGGCGUUAAUACAAGGUGUCGGCGGCAACGCCGAGUGCAUUCCAAACAAUUCGUCCGAUCCGAAUGCGCCAGAGUUCAUCAGUUACACUCCACCGCCCCGGUUUGGCUCGAUGGAGUACUUCAUUUUCGUUUUUGCGGUAUUCAUCGUCAGCACAGUGGCAUUCACUGUCCUGGACAACCACAAACGUUGCCACCAGGAGUAUGCGGCCGUCGUCAUCAGCCAUGGGAAUGACUACACUUAUGAGCACGGGCAACAGUCGGCGGAAACGCCCACCCCGACCGACAAACCCAACGUGAAGCUCGAAAAGACUAAAAUUCUCUCGAAUCGCAACUACGCAUAUCUUAUGAUACUGUUGGGCAUACUGUGCACCUUCGGGAACGGAAUCUUCCCUAGUGUGCAGUCGUACUCGUGCCUGCCGUACGGUAACGUGGCCUACCAUCUGACGGUCACGCUUAGCACCAUGGCCAAUCCGGUGGCCUGUUUUAUGGCGCUUUUCCUGCCCCACACUUCGAUACGGGCCAUCAUCUCGAUUUCGCUACUGGCCGCUGUAUUCACGGUGUACGCUCUGGCGACGGCCUUCAUGAGUCCGAGCCCACCGCUGGUGGGUUUACCUUCCGGGGAGGUUCUAGUGAUUCUCACCUGGACCAUUCUGAUCGGGUUGGUCAGCUACGUUCGGCUAUCGAUAACCACCGUUUUCCGUUACCAGGGAGGCCGAUCGCUUGUGUGGGUUGGAGCCGUCACCCAGAUUGGCUCGCUGCUCGGGUCGAUCCUAUCGUUUACGUUGGUCAACUUUACCGAUCUGUUUCAACAGUACUAUCCGUGCUGAAGCCUCUACAAUUGUAUUGUUAAGCGUUGUGUAACAAGAGCCUUGACCGACAACUGCAUUUAGAGUUUUACUAGGGUUUUCAAAUUACUUAUUCGCGGUUCUAUUUAUAAUUAGAUUUUGCGUUGACUAUUGUGGAACUUAAAAUAAUUGUGUAGAACAGUAGGAGAGAAUUUUCUGUUGCUCGUUUGUGUAGCUACUAGGUUUAAAUGAAAUACUACCACUAUUGUUUUGUUUUAUCGUUAGAUUGCACCCUCGUUUCGCUAUAGGUAAAUUAUUGUGUGACUUCGCACUUUUCAUUCGUUAAACACAGAUAAUUUUGUGUUGUCGUUUCGCCUGAUUUGAAUAUCAUUAAAUAUACGAGACAAAUGUGA